AUGAGAGAGGCACAACUAGGAGCUCACACUUUGAGGUCCCAUGGGAAGACUCUUGCAAGAGCUUACAUGCAUGAUUGGAUCAUACUCGUUUUACUUGUUGCUCUCGAGGGCGGACUCCUUAUAAUCCAUCCCUUCUAUCGUUUCGUUGGGAAAGAUAUGAUGACUGAUCUCAGUUACCCUCUAAAGAGUAACACUGUACCAAUUUGGUCUGUCCCGAUUUAUGCAAUGCUGUUGCCUUUGGUAAUCUUCAUCAUUAUCUACAUCCGUAGAAGAGAUGUAUACGAUCUGCAUCACGCUGUGCUAGGUCUCUUAUACUCUGUUCUAGUGACAGCUGUGCUUACAGAUGCGAUAAAGAAUGCAGUUGGUCGACCACGUCCUGACUUCUUCUGGCGUUGUUUUCCCGAUGGCAAAGCUGUUUAUGAUAGCCUUGGAGAUGUUAUAUGCCAUGGUGAUAAAAGCGUCAUUAGAGAAGGCCACAAAAGCUUCCCAAGCGGACACACCUCAUGGUCUUUCUCGGGUCUGGGAUUCUUGUCGCUGUACUUGUCGGGAAAGAUUCAAGCAUUUGACGGUAAAGGGCACGUUGCAAAGCUGUGCAUUGUGAUACUGCCUUUGCUAUUUGCAGCUCUUGUUGGUAUUUCUCGUGUAGAUGACUAUUGGCAUCAUUGGCAAGACGUCUUUGCAGGAGGCUUGCUAGGGCUCGUGAUCUCUACGUUCUGUUAUCUUCAAUUCUUCCCGCCACCAUAUCACACGGAAGGUUGGGGACCAUAUGCUUACUUCCAAGUGUUGGCGGCUGCGGCUGCGGCGGCACAAGCAGAGGUAGGCGAGAAUGGAGAGGUGCAGCGACCGCCACAAGAGAAUAACGGUGAAGAGGAAGACGAUGGGUUUAUGGGUUUACAUUUGGUGGAUAAUCCGACCAUGAGGAGAGAAGGAGACGUAGAAACUGGAGUCGAUUUCUGUAACCUUUCUUCCCCACAUGUAUCGAGUUUGGCCAAAAAUGGCAAGUAUCCCAAGGUCACAGAGAUGGAAGGGAAGAGUAGAAAGAGGAGACUUGGUGGGCAAGCUACAACAAUGUCUCUGCUUCUUAGCCGCCGUUUCUCCAACAAGCUCUCCAGUGUCGCGCAGUGA